GACCAUUAAAUCGAAAAAUUUCAUAAUAUGGCGUCGAUUUGUUGUUGUUAGAAAGUACGUAAUGUGAAAAUUAGCAUUUAACCUGUUCAGGACACUGAAAGUUGUCUCAUAAGAGCUAGAUUUGGAUGUUUCUUGGUGUAACAAAUAUGGGUGACAAUGGAGGCACCAAUAGCUCAGUGAAAAUCCAGUUAACAUCAGCAUUCAGCAAUUUAAAAGUCGGACAAGAACAAGAUUUCCCUGGAAGAUGUAAAGAGGACCUGAAAUUGCUCGGAGGAAGUGACAGAAAUGAAAUAGAUGCCUUAUGGUCAGCUGUGAUUGGUCCAGAUUCAUCCAGGGAGGAGGUGGGUGCUGAAGUUCAGAAUACCAUCAAACACAAGAAGAAAAUUCCUAAGAGAAUGGAACCUUAUCCCCAGGAGGUCAUUUUUUCUAUGCAGAAAAUCUCUUUAGAUCAUGAAAAGUGUGAAAAUGAACAGUGCAUGUGUUCAAAGCAAGGAUGUCAGAGAGAGACUGGAAAAAUGUACAAUUACGCCAAAGUUGCCACUCUGACUCCGCCUCCUCGUAAAUACAUCAGGGAGGCUCGGCUAAAAUAUCAUCAUUCAGAGAAGGAUAGAAAGCACAUUAUUAGGGCAGCACGAUUAAAGUUAAUGAAACCAGGAAGGCAAAGUGAACAAAUUCCACUGCACGGAAAGGAAACAACAUUACCAGCAGUGGGACAUGAUUUGAAUAGUCAAGCAAGUAGUAAUUUUCUCUUUGGGUCGGAAUGUAAAACAAACCUUCAGAACUUUUCUUCUUUAAUGCGGGGCUCCAGGGAAACCGCGAAAGAUUUAGAAUGCACCAGUCUUCAUAAGAAGUUAAAAUCUUCCAGUCAUAAGCACCACUUCAGGUCGAAAACUGACCCGAUUGAUUUUGCCCAUGGAUCUAGAGCUUUGGGUUCUGAUACAUCAAAGAACAAAACGGGUGACCAGUACUUGGAGAGAAGUUGUUCACAGGAGGCCAGGCUAGAUGACAUGACAGUGAAUGAAUUGGCAUGCUAUUUUGACGAUUUUGUUUAUAUUCCCAAGAAAAUGUCAAGUAUGGCAGAAAUGAUGUAUAUUUAGGGUACCGAUGUUGUUUGCACAAUCUGAUUCACUUUGAGAUAGUAACUGGGGUCUCCUGAGUAAAGUGUACUUUUUUUCAGUGACUUUAAUAGAUGCUUGUACCUUGUAAAUCACAAUUUUUGAGAUAGAAAAGGAAGUUUUUGUAUAAAUUGCCUCGUGUGAUUUGUUAGUGGGCUUAAGUUAUUUUUUUUCCAGUGGUUGUAGCUAUGUUUUAAGAUACUUUUGAGAGAAGUGCAGAGAGGACUAUGAAACUUUUUAACAUAACUGAUAAGUCCAAGCGGAAUCACAGACCGAGUUCUGAUUUUUUCAGAAAUAGUAUAUUUGUGAAUACGUUUGUGAAGGUAAUCAUUUCCCAGUUUAUCAGUACACAGGAAUUUAGUUAUCAGUGGAUUAGUCAUCCAUAGGAAAGGGAAAUUGUAACAGGUCUGAGAACUAUUGUUUUAAUUUUAAUGAAAUGACAUCAUUCAGGAUACAGAAAAAGUGAAUAUUUUAUCAUUUCAGUUGUAUCUAUAUAGAUGUAUGCUAGUAUAUACCACUAACAUUUUGAAUAUGCAGUGUGAUAUUUUUUUUUAUGUUUAAAAAGGGGUCAGUUGAAAGUGACUGUUUCAAUGUCAUAAGAAAGAUUCAAAUUUUUUUUUCUGUUUUGGAUUUUGAAGAUUCUUGCCGUAUGAAUGCUUGUACAAAAGUUUGGUUUGUUGACCCAUUAUUAUUAUGUCAUUUUUUCUGUUUGAAUAAAUUGCAUCCAAUAUCUUGAA